AGAAUGAAAGUAUUGGGCCAUACCAACCUGAACUUAGUAUUAUAUUAGAAUAGAAGAUUGCUUCAUCUUCAAGGAUUGGGUGGAAAAACAGUUUAAGGAAGGGAACAGCACUCUCUCUAAGUCAGUUUUUGUGGACCCUCCCUCAACAGAACAAACCAAUGCUAUUCAGAUGGUAACAGGAGAAGACCCAUUCUGGGGGCAGUUUCCUCAGGAGCAGGUUGAAGAAACUUCAAAGGAGAUUCCAAAGAACUUCCUAAAGUCAAGGCCUGAUGAGAAAGGCGAAACCAGUUCCCAACAGGCUUGAAUGUUAGAUAACCAAAUCAAGAUCAAAGGAGAAGCUCCCCUUUCUGAAGGAAUCCCCAAGCCGAAUCUGGUUGCAAAAAGGGAAGUUCGGCAGAUGAAAGGCAAAGAUCCCCAAAGCAUAUAAUUUCAACUAUGAUCUAAUCUAAUAUUUAGAAAAAGCCAAAAAGUUUAGACUUCCGUCAACGUCAAAGGGGGGCAGCCAAAUACAUUUCCAUUUCAAUCAAGAGACGAGCAAGAAAGGUACUCGUAUCAUCCAUGGCGGGUGCUAUCGUAUAUAAGAGAAGGGCUUGUUUUUAGGAGCUUCGAAAUAGAAUAAGUUGUUUUGAAGGCACUCAAAAUCUCGUAAGAGAAGAAAAAGAAUGUUACGCCUAAAAUUCCCAUGUCUUUUUUGGUUGGACUAAGCCAACCGGCGAUUUCCGACAAGUCUUUCCUAAUUUUGAGAGCAAGAAGCGGAACUACAGGGAUGAUGAAAUGAAAAGUGUUUCUUACGAUUACGCCCAACAGCCCACUUGAGCAAUUUGCCAUUCUCCCAUUGAUUCCUAUGAAGAUAGGAAACUUGUAUUUCUCAUUCACAAAUCCAUCUUUGUUUAUGCUGCUAACUCUCAGUUUGGUCCUACUUCUGGUUCAUUUUGUUACUAAAAAGGGAGGAGGAAACUCAGUACCAAAUGCUUGGCAAUCCUUGGUAGAGCUUAUUUAUGAUUUCGUGCUAAACCCGGUAAACGAACAAAUAGGUGGUCUUUCCGGAAAUGUGAAACAAAAGUUUUUCCCUCGCAUCUCGGUCACUUUUACUUUUUCGUUAUUUCGUAAUCCCCAGGGUAUGAUACCUUAUAGCUUCACAGUGACAAGUCAUUUUCUCAUUACUUUAGGUCUCUCAUUUUCUCUUUUUCUUGGUAUUACUAUAGUGGGAUUUCAAAGAAAUGGGCUUCAUUUUUUAAGUAUCUCAUUACCCGCAGGAGUCCCACUACCCUUAGCACCUUUUUUAGUACUCCUUGAGCUAAUCCCUCAUUGUUUUCGCGCAUUAAGCUCAGGAAUACGUUUAUUUGCUAAUAUGAUGGCCGGUCAUAGUUCAGUAAAGAUUUUAAGUGGAUCCGCUUGGACUAUGCUAUGUAUGAAUGAUCUUUUCUAUUUCAUAGGAGAUCUUGGUCCUUUAUUUAUAGUUCUUGCAUUAACCGGUCUGGAAUUAGGUGUAGCUAUAUUACAAGCUCAUGUUUCUACGAUCUCAAUCUGUAUUUACUUGAAUGAUGCUACAAAUCUCCAUCAAAGUGGUUGGUUAUUUUUUUAUAAUUGAACAAAAGCGAGGAGCGAAAGCAAGCGAACAACAAGUGGAUCGGGCUAAGGCUUUAUUUGCUCCUUAGGCUUUCCUCUUCGAGCAGGUAUAGGAAGAGUUAAGUCAGCAUAGAGCAAAGCUCAACCAAUGGGCUAUUUGCUAUAGUUCAAAACCCUGUUCAUAGAAGGUCCGGAGACAUGAGAAGGUGGUUUACUUACUUUUUUUUGUACUAGCGUGAGCGUACUUGUGUGUUAAAGGGCUACUUUAUUUGGGCUGCUAAGUAGAAGUAGAAAGAAGCUAUAGGCGAAGGCUUUCGCGCCUUGCUGUUAAGUAAGGUGGAAGCUAGCUACUUGCUUGUUAAAGGUACUUGCCCGCGGCUAUUCGUAGAUCUGGAGUUCUAUAGCCGAUUGUGCUACUUUCAAUCCUUAGUAGCGAGUAUUAGGUGAGAGGGCGCCUAUAUCAUAGCGUUUACUGUGCUUUCUGGAUACCUUUCCAUGCUUUCUUUAACAAGCCAGCUACGCACCUUGCUCUUCUCUUAGUUGCAAGUAGCUUUGAUUUGGGAAUAAGCUGGAAGUCAAGUAGUAUGUAUGAGUUGAAGUGAAGGGCGCUAGUAAUAAGUAAUAAAAAGUAGAGCGGAAGACAGUUGGCUGAACAAAGCAGCGAGGGAAGGGCUUUGUUUAACAGACGCAUUCUAGGAUAGAUUGAUUGCCAGUAAGCAAGCAGGUAUCUAUUAGCAGGAAGCUUAAGGCGAUAAGUGGAAGGCAAGAAUAAGGGGCCUAGCCUUCGUAAGGCCGCAUCUGAGAAGGAGAGUUGAUUCCCUUGGCUACUUUACUAUGCUAUUCUUCGCAGUUUCCUACCUUGACUAUUGGGAUAUUUCCAUUCGAGAAAGAGAUGUACGAAUAAAGGAGCGAAGCUGACUCGACCGGACGGGAGAGGUUGUUUAAGAAUCAAGAUAGGCACAGUGAAAGAAAGAGUGAGAUAGACGUCUAAGAUAAAGUGCUAGCCAGUAAGCAUUCCUUCCGCACCUUGAUCUCUGCCGCUACCUUCGUUGUUCUAUCUUCCAUGCCAAUCCGGUAGCUCUCAUUGAGAUAGGCACAAAGUACCAGCUAGCCGCCUAUUUGACUCCGGAAUGCCCUACGCUUCGAACCUCUUCUCUGUCCUUUUCGUCGAAAAGAAGCCCUUCCCCUUAUUAUUUACUGGAUAUCGGAUGCUCUAUAAGUGAAGUCUCAAUGAGCAAGAGGGAUGGUACGAAAGGAAAGAGACCAGCCUUAGGCCUCUUCGGCUAAUAGAUGUGUCAAAGAUCGUUGCCAGCUACUGCUACUACUAGUCGCAAACAAUCCCCUUCUUCCAGCCCUUAAACUCCUUACGUUUAACGACUGAACUCGUUGGUCCUAAUCCUAAUCUGUCUUCAAACCCAUCACCCCAAGCCUUCUCUCCGACUUCUAUUAGUAAGGAAUGACGAUCGCACCCACGUUCAGCUAUCUAAACAUGCGUUCCCACCUGCAUGCCUAAGCGCUAGGCCCUUCAUCUAAUCAUUUCGAAUCUUCGUGGCAUAUUCCUGUUCUAUUAAUCAAAUCAGAAGCCUUCACCUUACAAAGAGACUUUUUUCGAUUAUUCCUUGUGCUUAGGGCUGUAGUCAAGCCAAGCUAAAAGCGGGUAAAACAUCUUUUUGCGAUUUUCCGAUCAUUUAUCGAUUCUCUGCAUUGUCUCCAGGUCCGGCUGCCUCGUGCUCCUCCACGGCUGUCUUUCCUUUCCUCCCAGUUCUGGUUCCUUCUUCGGAUGAGACGGACGGAGGCGGCUCUUCAAGCACAUUAGGGGUACCUUUGUAAACACUCUACUAAGUAUGGAUCGGGUCGGACUCGUUGCAAGACCCUUAGGAGGAUAAAGACAUGACCAUAGGAAUUCAUAGAGAGCGCCCUUUGGCUCUUCUGAAAUACCCAAAAAUGGUUUGUAUUCAUGUCAGGAUUUCGCGCUGAGGAGGUUUUUAACCGUUUGGACGAGCUGGUCGAGAUGUGGUGUCCAGUCACUCACGUUGGUGAGGGCUGCGCUAUGCCACCUGUCCUUACCCUGGGAGUACUGCUUUAGCAAAGCUAACGGUAGGUAAAAGAGAUCUGGGACCAUCCUUCUUUUCAUAGGCUGGAGCAAACCUUACGUUUACAUAACUAUGCCCUUUAGUUGCAUGUUCAACCUAGGCAAGACCUACUAUUAGGAUUGGAAUUGCUUUCCUGCCUGAUUAACUAUUGCUUGUGUGCCUGUUCCAUACCAAAAAGAAUAAGUAGUAAAGCGAGGAGAAUAAGAGAUUGCUAACCAGAGGAGAUAGUUACCAGUGCCUUUUCGAUUGCUGGACUAUUCCUGCUUGUGUGCUUUCCCGAUGGCAAUUGGUAAUAUGAGUUGCGCUUGCUAAUAUCUGCUUGCUUACUGGCUGGUUGCUAUUUUUCCUAUUAUGCCUUCGGUUGCUUUCAUGUUCCUAUUCAUACUAACCACUAGUGGAGCGAGGGGAUAGUUACCAGUAACGAGUGACCAUCAGGGCCUUUCAGUGAUAGGGCAAGGCAAGACAAGGUGUUGGAAUAGACCUGGCACAUCACAAGCCAUCUUACUUAAGAUUUUCGAAAUAGGAAGAGGCAAUGUCAAUUGAAGAAUGAUCACGAUCGGAAUCAAGAAAGGAAGAAGGAAAGCGAACACUUUCUCCCGUCCCAGUCAGAGCUAGCAAUCCUGUCUCUUCUUAUGAAUCGAAAUAUUCUAUUGGUGCAGGCAAAUAUUAACUAACAAUUGAUCAUACUGGUGCUUAUUAAAGUGCCGGUCUUUCGGCUGUGACGGGUAGGCAAUUGGUUCCAAUUUCAUUAUCUCGCUUUAAUCUCCCCUCGAUAUCCUUGUAUUUUUUAUUGUUUGACCACGAAAGACAAGCCUGCCAUCAAUCGAAAUCGAAGUUCCCCCUUUUCUUAUGUAUGACCCGUACCCAUAUGAGGCAGUCCCCGUUGGCUGAUCCCUACCAACAUCUCUUUCCCCUUUCUCUUUUUAAUUUUAAAUUUUUUCCUUUGCGAGGCCUUUUUUAUUUAUUCUUGUGAAAGAGAUUUAUGAGUCUCGAGGCGAAGGUGUAUGAGCUGUUGUAGGCACAGGUCUAUUAGCUGUAGGUCCUCGCGCUGGUCUAUGUAUUAAUUAAGAAUCGGCAUAAGACAUUUCCGAAAACCUUAAGAACCAAGUAGAACGCUUCAGUCAUGAGUCUUGAACACUUUUCACCACUGGAUCCUUCAGCCAAUUAGAGUUGAAGGCAAUGAACAUUGUUAUUGGAGUUGCUGCUGCAGUAGCCGCUGGUUCUGGUGUAGGUGUCGGUCUUGCAGAUCCUCGCACUCACCAUAGAAAGAAUCCAAGUCAACGGAAAAGCCACUUGUACACAGGCUUGCCCUAAUUCUUCUUUUUCACUUGAAAACAGAGCAAUAGGAGAAAGUAAGCUUCAUACGGCAACUAUCCCGUCACCUCACCUGCCUUGAGCUUUGUCCGAAGGCUUGUCAAGGAACUCAAACUCUAAAGAGCCUUACCGAUCACUAGCUUCUCACUGACUUAACCGCGGGUUAAUAUGAAUUAUAAAAACUAUCCGCUACCUCGAAGACCUCACAGGAAAUAGUAGUAGCCUUCAAAAGAAUCGAGCCGAGCAUCUGAAAAAUCCUGAGCAUAGUGUCCUUCACGGAUAUGGGAUAAGCAGCUUUCCUAUGUUUCGCAUCCACAACAAGAGAAGAAUCGCCGGUAAUCAUAACAUACCGACACAAUGAGGGCAGCACAUAGAGAUAAUCCUUCAAGCACUGA